UGGUUGAGAGCUAGUUAGCUAUGUUCACGAGGAAGCUUAUCGGUUAUCAGGUCAUGAAGUUUCACUCUGUUGGCAAGAUUCUGGAAGUUGAUUUUCAUGCAUUAAUUAUAGUCAAGUUUCUCAGAGAAUAUUAAAUGAGGGAACGGAGAGCAAUAAGUUGUAGUAUGGCUGAGGGCGAGGAGUUUAUUGAGCUUAGAUUCCGCUUGUAUGACGGGAAAGAUAUAGCACACGGUACUUACAAGUCGUCUAUGACUGUUUCAACUCUCAAGCAAAAGAUUGUUGCUGAGUGGCCCCAAGGCAAUACAAUCACACCAAAAUCAAUAAACGAUUUGAAACUCAUACAUGCUGGUAAAGUUCUGGAAAACAACCAAACCCUGGCUGAUUGCACCAUAACAAUCGGUGACCUCCCUGAUGAUGUUAUCACCAUGCACGUGCUACUGCAGCCUUCUAAAUCAAAACGCAGGACAGUAAAGAGCAAAGAGGACAUGCAGAAGCUGAAUCGAUGCGGGUGCAUUAUUCUUUAAUCCACAAACAUGCUCCUUAUAGGAUUCAACUUGUUACUGGAAAAAAGAUAUAGUUUUUCACAACUAUACCUCUAGUUUUUUUAUCUGUCUGAUUUGGCUGCCUUUAACCAUAGGACUACCAGGCACAUU